UCAGGCCCUGACCCUUGUUUUUUGGGAGGUUUUUGAUCACUGCUUCAAUUUCGUUACUGAUUAUUGGUCUAUUCAGGUUGUCAGUUUCUUCCUGUUUCAGUCUGAGUAGUUUACAGGUUUCUGGAAAGGCAUCCAUUUCUUCCUGUUUCAGUCUGAGUAGUUUACAGGUUUCUGGAAAGGCAUCCAUUUCUUGCUUAAUAUAUUGGCAUAUAGUUGUUGAUAAUAGUUUCUAAUAAUUGUUUCUGUUUCCUUGGUGUUAGUCGUGAUCUCUCCCCUUUCAUUCAUAAUUUUAUUAAUUUGGGUGCUUUCCCUUUUCUCUUGGAUAAGUCUGGCCUGUGGUUUAAUUGAUCUUAUUCUUUCAAAGAACCAGCUUCUAGUUUCGUUGAUCUGCUUUACUGUAUUUCUGGUUUCCAAUUCAUUGAUGUCUGCUCUAAUAUUACUUCUCUUUACAUGCGUGGCUUAGGCCUGUUUAGUUGUUCCACCUCCAGUUGUUUAAGUUGUGAGUACAGGGUCUGUAUUGUAGAUUUUUCUAUUCUUUUGAGUGUGCCUCCUUUAUUAUUAUAUAGUAUCCUUCUUAGUCUCUUUUUACAGACUUUUGUAGUCUAUUUUAUCUGAUGAAAGUACUGCUACCCCAGCUUUCUUUUGACAUCCAUAUCCAUGAUUUCGUUAUCCUCACUUUCAAUCUUCAUGUGUCUUUAGGUCUGAAAUGAGUGUGUCUGGUAAGCAGCAUGUAGUGGGUCUUUUUUUUUUUUAUCUGGUCUGUCAUUCUAUGUCUUUUGAGUGGAGCAUUAGGUCAUUUACAUUGAAAGUAAUUUUUUUUUUUUAAAGAUUUUAUUUAUUUAUUUGACAGAGAUAGAGACAGCCAGCGAGAGAGGGAACACAAGCAGGGGGAGUGGGAGAGGAAGAAGCAGUCAUAGCGGAGGAGCCUGAUGUGGGGCUCGAUCCCAUAACGCCGGGAUCACGCCCUGAGCCGAAGGCAGCCGCUCAACUGCUGUGCCCCCCACAUUGAACCACUGUGCCCCUACAUUGAAACAGAACCAGGGACAGAAUUCCAGCCAUGUGGCCAUUCUUGCCCCAUGGCCUUUUCCAGUACACAGUUCCUCGAGCAGUAUGUGCUGUGUGGUCACCUUCCUCAGAUGUUCUCAUGCUCAUAUGCAGGAAGCCCCAUCCCAAUAGAAGCUCCAAACUGCUCAAGUGAAGAAGCAGAUGAUAGAGAGACGGAAGGGAGACUUCGGCUGAGUGGGGUUUCCAGGGUGCUCUUCAGACCCUCUCAGGGCCGGCCAGUCGACUGGGUGGAAGGCAACAGAGCUGGGCAUCCUGAGGAGGCAGGCCUCUCAGCGUCUGAAGCAGCCGUGUGUGGAAAAUACAAACUGGGACUUGGUACCAAAUCUAGCUUCUUGAGCCUCCAGAAGCAUCAUGUAUGUCCUGAAUGUGGCAGAAGCUUCUGUCAGAAGUCAGACCUCACCAAGCACCAGAGGACACACUCAGGGGAGAAGCCUUACAGCUGUAGGGAGUGUGGGCGAGGCUUUGGCCGCAAGUCCUCCCUCACCAUCCACCAGAGGAAACAUUCAGGGGAGAAGCCUUACGUGUGCCGGGAGUGUGGGCGCCACUUCAGGUACCCGUCCUCCCUCACCAACCACAAGAGGAUACACUCUGGGGAGAGGCCCUUCGAAUGUCAGGAAUGUGGGCGAGGUUUUCGCCAAAAGAUUGCCCUCGUCCUGCAUCAGAGGACACACCUGGAGGAGAAGCCCUUCGUCUGUCCCGAAUGUGGCAGAGGCUUCUGCCAGAAGGCAUCCCUCCUCCAGCACCGCAGCUCACAUUCAGGCGAAAGGCCUUUCUUGUGCCUCGAGUGUGGGCGUGGCUUCAGGCAGCAGGCGCUGCUCCUCAGUCAUCAAGUCACACACUCGGGGGAGAAGCCUUAUGUCUGUGCUGAGUGUGGGCACGGCUUUCGCCAGAAGGUCACCCUUGUCAGACACCAGAGGACGCACACAGGGGAGAAGCCUUACCUGUGCCCGGAGUGUGGGCGUGGCUUUAGCCAGAAGGUCUCCCUCAUGGGACACCAGAGGACACACACAGGGGAGAGGCCUUACCUGUGCCCGGAGUGUGGGCGGGGCUUUGGUCAGAAGGUCACCCUCAUCAGGCACCAGAGGACACACACAGGGGAGAAACCUUACCUGUGCCCAGAGUGUGGACGCACCUUUGGCUUCAAGUCACUCCUCACCAGACACCAGAGGACACACUUAGAGGUGGCUGAUGUGUACAGGGUAUGUGAACAAGGACUUGGCCAGAAGUCUCACUUCACCUCUGACCAGAGGUCACACUCGGUGGGGAAGCCAUGUGUGUGCAGUGAGUGUGGACGAGGCUUUGGCUUCAGGUCAGCCCUUAUCAGACACCAGCGCACCCACUCAGGAGAGAAGCCUUAUGUGUGCAGGGAGUGCGGCCGAGGCUUUAGCCAGAAGUCUCACCUUCACAGACACAGGAGGACCAAGUCUGGCCAUCGCCUCCCACCUCAAGAGCUGCUCUCCUGACCUUUCCUUAUAUGCAGUGGAGGAAAAAAAAAUGUGUUCUUUCAGUGAUUGGAAGAUAGUUGAUUUAUGGUUUAUUUUCUGUGCUAGCAAUGUGUUUUAAUUUGCUAGAGCUGCCAUAAUGAAACACCACAAACUUGAUGGCUAAAGAACAGUCUUCUCACAGUUUUUGGGACUGGAAGUCCAAGCUCAACGUAUGCACUUCAGUUUCUUCUGAAGCCUCUCUCCUCAGCUGGCAGAUGCCUGCAUCCUUACUGUGUCCUCACAUGGCCUUUGUAUAUGCACUUUUAAGGACUACAGCCUUACUGGGUUAGGGCCCCACUCUAUCACCAAACAAGGUCACACUUUGGGUUCUGGCUUUGACAUAGGAAUUUGGAACAGUUCAGUCCAUAACUGCCUCUUGGACCCCCAAAAUUCAUGUUCUUCUCACAUCUACAGCAUGUUCUUAAUAGCUCCCAAAGUACUGACCCAUUCUAGCACUGACUGUCCAGAAUCUCAUAUAAAUCAAGUGUGGGUGAGGCCAGGGGUAUGUUUCACCCUGAGGCAAAGUUCCUCUCCAGCUGUUAACCUGUGAACCAGACAACUUACCACAGAUGUAGAAUUUGCAUUCCCUUUUCACAAGGGGAAACAAGACAAGAUUGAUGGGUCCCAAGCACGUCUGUGACCUAGCAAGCAAAUUCUGUUAGGUUUUAAGGCUUGAGAAUAAUGUCUGGUAGGAUGCAUUGCCCUCUGGUCCUGCUGGGGUGGCAGCAGCAGGCUGACCGCAGUAUGCAACCCCCUGAAACCAUGAAGGCAUUCACCCUCCGGGCCCACUAAGGGAAUGGCAGACCAACUAAUCUGUUACACCAUUGUGGUCACUGUUUCCUCCUUUUGGUGGGUAGCACCACAGAAGUCUGACAGCUGGCCUUUGCUGUGUCCUGUCUGUACCAUCCUUAGUUCAGCCUCAUAGUUUCCACUGAGCAUCAACUGGUUCCAAACUAAUCUCUUUAUCAAAUGACUGUCCAGCAACACUACUGGUGUUCUCUCGAACAGACUUUCUCAUUUUCACAAUAUGGAUAGGCUAAGAAUUCUCUAAAUCUUCAAGUUCUGGCUCCUUUUUGCUAAAAACAGUUCCUUCUAUUUACCUCCCUCCUCACAUAUUUCUAUGAGGAGUAACAAGAAACAAGUAUACCUUUCAACAGCUUGCUUAGAAACCAUCUCAGCUAAGAAUUUCUCACUUCUGUCACCUGUCGACCCUCCACUAAGCACUGGAGCACAACCCAGCCACAUUCUUUGCUGCUUUAUAAUCAGGAUUGCCUUUCCUUUAGUUUCCAGUAACAUUCCACAUUUCUGUCUGAGGCCACAGCAGAAUCACUUCUAAUUCCCCUGUUCCUACCAUAGUCUCCUUGAGGCAACCCUGGCUUUCUCCAGUAAGCACCUCAAAACUCUUGAACCCUCUACCCACCACCCAGUUCCAAAACCACCUUCAUACUUUUUCACAUUUAUAAUAGCACACCACUCAGUACCAAAACCAGCCUUUUGCCAGGACUGCCAUAAUAAAACGAGAGACUGGAAGUCCCAAGAUCACCCUGACCUACUGAACCUUACCCACUGGCUGGCAGGUGGCACCUUCUCCUCAUGUGGCCAUUCCCCUGCAAGUGUACCAGAGAGCAGGUGAGCUCUAGAGUCCCUUACUCUUGUAAGAUCAGGGGUCUACCCUUACAACAUCAUUUAAGUACUUCCUUAAGAUGCUGUAUCCAAAUACUGUCACAUUAGGAAAGGGCUUCACCAUGGACUUUUGGGGGAAAAUUCAGUUCAUAGCUGCCUGCUGGACCCCCCAAAUUCCUACCUGGCCAUCAACCCCUGCCAUAAAGGGUCCUGAUCUUUAUUUUCCCAGGAGUGUGAAGCCAGCAAGAAGCACUGGGCAGUGCUGCACUUUCUUCAAGUAGAAUGCAAGAAGCAUGCUGGUCUUCUCAGUGGCCGGGGUGUGUGUGUGGGGGGGGUGUUGGACACACCUGUUUUCUAAGCCCUCCUUCACACCCAGGUCUGUUUAAUAAACUGCUUCCUUACAAAGCUGAACUUGAUCAUAUACUUCAUUCCUUCAGCUGCCAAGAACCCCACAGUCCUGAACCUCAGGAGACAUGGAGGGUCACUGUCUAUUUGUUCUGAACUGUGGCCCUGUGUGUGGGGAGGGCCUUCAUCAUCGCCCUUAGGUCCUCCAACACCACCAGUUGAGGGCAUCUUCCUGCAUUCCCAGUGCUGCAUCCUAUUAGCCACACCCAUGUACCAGUGAUCCAGCCUGAGGUCUCGGGGCCUUUCUUCCAUGACCCUCCCUAGUCCUCCAGUCAGAGACCAAGGAGCUAGAGCACCUGUCUUUAUACCCAGCCCAAGGUACUGUCCCCUUAGCCUGCCUCUUGCUCUCGGAUCCCCAGAGCCUGACAAGUGCCUACUCCAGGACAGGCCUUAUCCCUUUGCCUUGGGCACAGUAAUGGUCCCCACAAAGUCCUUUUCCCCAGGCCCAGAGGUUUUGCUGGCUAAAAUCAAGAGGCAAUAAAAGAUUAAUACAGAAAAAAUAAGAAAAAACCCAAAAUUUUAGAUGUCAAAAAAUAUCAAAAGUAGUAUCAAAAGACACAUGUCUGGAAGGAAAAUCUAUCAACAUAUUUCACAAAUAAAUGGCUAAUAUCCCCAUUUUAUAAGAACUUUCAAAAAUCAAAAGACGAGAAAUGCCACAGAAAGUGGGCAAAAGACAUGAUCAGUAGUAAGUAUAGAAAUAAGUGUAGUCUGCUGUUUACAGGAGAAUGCCAAAGGCCAACUGGUAACUAUAUUUUCCUCCUCCUAAUAAUAUUAUCAUGGUGUUUUUAUCAAAGCUAUGAAAUUAACUUUAGGACAGCACUAUUAGGAACUAUUCAGAUUUUCCAUUAUUGUCCUUGUGAUCUAGGAUCUAGUCUGGGAUCCCAUAUUGCAUUUAUUCUCAUGUCUCUUUAGCUUCCUCCAGUCUGUGACAGUUCCUCUGUCAGUCUGUCAUCCAAGACCUUGACACUUAAAGAGAGCUGGUCAAAUAUUUUAUAGAACCUCACAGUUUGGGAUUGAUAUUUUCUCAUUAGAUUUGCAUUAUAGAUUUUCUAGAAUACCACAGAAGUGAAGUAUCCUUACUAUAUCAUAUCAAAGAGUACAUGAUACCAACAAGAUUUAUUCAUGGUGAUGUAACCUUGAUCACUUGGUUAAAAGUGGUGGCUGCCAGGACUCUCCACUGUAAACUUCCCAUUUUUCUCUUUCCAUACCCCAUUUAUUGGAAGUAAUCAGUAAAUCCAGUCUGUACUCCAAGAGAAGGGAAUUAAGCUCUAUUUCCUGGAGAAUGCACCUUGUGAUUAGGGCUUCUUACAUCCCCCAACCCACAGAACAAAGUGGCGUAGUGUUUUCUGCUUCCCAAACUAGCAAAAGACAGCCCAGAUAGGUCCAUUCCUCCCUGGAUGGAACAAAAGUCCUGCUGACAACACUAGGUGAGCCAAGCAGCACCAGCAGGUAGGAAUGAUUAAGGGGAGUGCUUUCUUUUCUAGCAGGAUUGAGACUCCCCUCCCUCACGUAGACCCAACACAGCCAGGGAAGGUCAGUCCUGCCACAGAAACACCUGUUUGAGGAAGUACUCUUUUUCUCCAGAGACUUGAGAUUCCCCAUCUAGAUGCAAGACACUUAGCUGGGUGGCACCAGCAAGGACAUCCCCGCUAAACUGCCCAGCCCAAGAAGAGAUCCAUCUCCCUUACUGGCGGACAACAGGUUGCCAGGAGGCACUGGAAAUGGGGAUCCUGAAACCUUAGCAGCUCAACGUGUGAAGCCUUUGCUUCCCUUUUGGGCCAGAACAUCCCUUCCCCUCUCUAGACUAGACACCAAGCAGCCUAGUUUUGGGGAACUCCUUCCACACUCCUAACACCAGCAGGAAAAAGUGGAAGGAACAGUGGUACCAAAUAAGCCAAGUAGACCUAAAUAGCAUUGCAAGAGCACUGAAAACUACACUGUCAUUGGAUCAAACAGAAAAAAAAGGGGGGUUGCAAUCUGGGAGCUAACCUGAAAACAGGGUGACUGCCUGCUAAAAUCAAAGGUUUUAAUAUGAUCCAGAGUCUCUUAACAGCUAAAUGUGCAGAAUGCAAUAGAAAGUUACUCAUCAUAGCAAGAACCAGUAAAUCGCAAAUGAGAAAAGACAAUCAACUGACACUAACACUGAGAUAAGUAUGAUAUUGGAACUAUCUGACAGGGAUAUUAUAUUAAAGCACCCAUCAUAAAAAUGCUUCAAGCAAUCACAAGUUCUCUUGAAACAAAUGAAAGAAGUACAAGAUCCCAAGAACAAAAAACAACACCCUCCCCCCAGAAGUUACACCAAAGUUCAAUGGGGAAUUAUAGAAAUAAGAAAUAGAGAUGUGUAAAAGCUCAUUGGAUGGACUUAAUGGUAGAGUUGAUAUGACAAAAUCUAAUUGUAGAAUUUGAGGGCAGAUUAAUAGAAUUUAGCAAAUCUGAACAAUGGAGAAAAAAGACUGAAAAAAAAAUCUUUGGGACAAGAACAGAAAAGCUAACAUUUGUGUCGAGUCCCAGAAAAUAAGAAAUAGGAUUGAGAAAAUAUUUGAAGAAAUAUUUUGAAGAAAUGACCAGAAACAUUGCGUAUUUGACAAGAAACAUAAAUGUGCAGAUUCAAUAAGCCAAGUGAAUACCAAAUAACAUAAAUCCGAAGAAGUCCACAUUAAGACAUCAUAAUUAAAAUUACGAGAUCUAAAAACCAAAAAAAAAAAAAAAAAAAUCUUGAAAGCAACCCCAGAGAAAUAUCUCAUUACCCAUAGGGGGACACCAAUUCAAAUGACGGAUUUCUCAUGAAAUUAUGGAGGUCACGAGAUGGCACGUUUUUCUUCCAAGUGCUGAAAGAAGACUGAUAACUGCAGACUGAAUAUCUGCCAAAACCAUCCUUCAAAAAUGAAGGCACGGAUACAUUCCCAGAUGAAAGAAAACUGCAAGAAUUUGUUGCUAGCAGACCUGACCUUAAAAAAUGGCUAAAAGGAAAUUCUUCAAACAGAAAAUAAAAUACUGGAGCAUCAGAAAGAAAUAAAAAACCAUGAAAAGAGCACAAAUGUGACUACAUAAAACAGGCCAUCCUUCUACCCACAAGUUUUACAAAUGUGAUGACUGUAGACCACCUGAUACUCUAGAUAAUGAUGUUUAAAAGUAGGAAAACCAGGGAUGUACUGUAUGGUGACUAACAUAAUCUAAUAAAAAUAUGAUUAUAAAAAAAAAGUAGGAAAAGGGCCCUAAACAAAAAUAACAUUUUUACACCUCACUCCAAAUGGUAAUAUACUGAUAGACUGUGAUAAGGACUAAUGUGUAUUGCAAUACCUAGAGCAACCAGUAAGAAAACUAUUUACAAAGAGAUACACUAAAAACAUGAAGAAUGAAUCCAAAUAGAACUUAAAUAUCAACCCACAGAAAAGCAAGACAAGAGAAACAGAAAAAUGAGACCUAGAGGAAACAAAUUUAAAUUCAGUAAUAAAAUGGCCAACUUAAGCCCUAACACAUCAGUAAUUACUUUAGUUACCUUAAAACUGGUUCUAAUUAAACCAGUCAGAAAACAAAGAUUGUGAGGGUGGAUUUU